AUGAAGGAUUACAAUCUGCAAGAUAAACGAUGGUUUAAAGACAUGUAUCGUAGGCGAACUUCAUGGAUACACGCUUAUUUUAAGGACAUGCCAAUGCAUGGAAUGAUGAAAGCAACUUCCAGGUCUGAAAGUGCGAAUUCAUUCUUUAAUAAGUACUCGCAUCAUGAGAAGUUCCUUUUGUAUUUCAUUGUGAACUAUGACACGACGAUUGGAAAACAACGUACCACGCAACGUCGUCUUGAUAAUGAAACUAAGAGAAUCAGGCAUAAAUUUGGGAUGGGCACAAGAUUAGAGCAACAUGCAGCAAAAGUGUAUACAAAUACAGUUUUUGCUGAAGUUCGAAAGGAGAUAUACAAAGGAGCAUGGAAUUGUUCAAUUGCUAGUGUAGAAAAUAUGAACGGGUGGCAGGCGGGACUGAAGUUGCCAGAAAAGGAAAUAAAUUGUACAUGCGAACUCUUCAAGCGAAUGGGUAUUUUGUGUCGGCAUGUGUUUGCAGUUCUGAAGAAUAAUCACAUUGAGGAGAUACCCGAGCAAUAUAUUCUACGGAGGUGGAGAAGGGAUAUUAUUUCUAGCCAUUUGUUGGUCAGUAAGAAUAGGCUUGCUCAAAUGGAAGAUGAAACUUUUAAAUUGUUAACCGAAGCAUAUAGUAACAUGGAGUACUAUAUGGAGCGUCUUCAUAAUGAUAAGGAAAAAUUAGAAGAUUUUGUGAAGACAACACGUGCGAUGAGGAGGGUAUUUGAGCAAGAUCCGGUUAAUACUAUUACGUUUGAUGAUAGUGAUGAAGCUGUGUUUAGGCUAUUUGGGGUUAGUAUUCCAGAACAAAUUGAAGUUAAUAUCCCACCGGUGAUACAUAAUAAAGGGAGUGGGACUAAGAAACGGAUGGUUAUUGCAGCGCAUAGGGCAGCUACAUCUUCAAAAAGUGGUUCACGAAAGUGCACAGGAUGCAACUUAUAUGUGAAUCAUAAUUGA